CCCAGCCAUUUAUAAACGAAACCCCCACCCACCAUUUCUCCAUCGCUCUUCUCUUCCCUUCACCGUCGACUACGCCGAGAAAAUCCGCCGGCAAGAAGGAGAAACUCCGGCCAAAAUGCGUGAAAUCCUCCACAUUCAGGGCGGCCAGUGCGGGAACCAGAUCGGUGCGAAGUUCUGGGAGGUCGUGUGCGCGGAGCACGGGAUCGACUCCACGGGACGGUACCAUGGCGACACCGAUCUCCAGCUCGAGCGAGUCAAUGUGUACUACAACGAGGCGAGCUGCGGCAGGUUCGUGCCCCGGGCGGUUCUCAUGGACCUCGAGCCCGGGACCAUGGAUAGCGUCCGGUCGGGGCCGUAUGGGCAGAUAUUUAGGCCGGAUAACUUCGUCUUCGGGCAGUCCGGGGCGGGGAACAACUGGGCCAAGGGGCACUAUACUGAGGGGGCUGAGCUGAUCGACUCGGUCUUGGACGUGGUGAGGAAGGAGGCCGAGAACUGUGACUGCUUGCAAGGAUUUCAAGUGUGCCACUCUCUUGGAGGAGGCACUGGGUCGGGAAUGGGGACCCUGUUAAUUUCCAAGAUAAGGGAAGAAUACCCAGACAGAAUGAUGCUAACUUUCUCAGUUUUCCCAUCCCCGAAGGUAUCGGACACCGUGGUGGAGCCUUAUAAUGCAACUCUCUCUGUUCACCAGCUCGUUGAGAAUGCAGAUGAGUGUAUGGUCCUCGACAACGAGGCACUCUACGAUAUCUGCUUCCGCACUCUCAAGCUCACCACUCCCAGCUUUGGAGACUUAAACCACUUGAUCUCGGCCACGAUGAGUGGGGUCACCUGUUGCCUCCGCUUUCCGGGUCAGCUCAACUCAGAUCUCCGCAAGCUCGCCGUGAACCUCAUCCCCUUCCCCCGUCUCCACUUCUUCAUGGUUGGAUUCGCCCCAUUGACAUCCCAUGGGUCCCAGCAGUACCGGGCAUUGACUGUUCCUGAGCUUACCCAGCAGAUGUGGGACGCCAAGAACAUGAUGUGCGCCGCAGACCCUCGCCAUGGCCGAUACUUGACUGCAUCAGCAAUGUUCCGAGGCAAGAUGAGCACGAAGGAGGUGGACGAGCAGAUGAUCAAUGUCCAGAACAAGAACUCGUCCUACUUCGUGGAGUGGAUUCCAAACAAUGUUAAGUCCACAGUGUGUGACAUUCCUCCCACAGGCCUGAAGAUGGCCUCGACGUUCAUUGGGAACUCGACCUCGAUACAAGAGAUGUUCAGGAGGGUGAGCGAACAGUUCACAGCUAUGUUCCGGAGGAAGGCUUUCUUGCACUGGUACACUGGGGAAGGAAUGGACGAGAUGGAGUUCACAGAGGCUGAGAGCAACAUGAACGAUCUGGUCUCAGAGUACCAGCAAUACCAGGAUGCUACAGCCGACGAGGAAGGAGAUGAGUACGAGGAUGAGGAGGGUUACGAGGACGAAGCAUAGCUGUUUGUAUCUUGGAAAACAUGUGUUUCCGGGAUUACUAUGCGUGAAAUUUCUUGCAAUUUUCUGGUUUUGUGAUCUCCUGUUUGUGUUGGUGUGAACUCGCCUGCUUGUGGCUUCUCAUUUUGUGGUGUUAUUGUCUUUCUCACAGAGAACAUGUAUGUGUUUUGUAAAAAAGUGAUCAUUUUAGUUUGAGACGAUUUUGCAAUA